AUGCGUCACUUUGCAAGCCCUCUUUUAAAAAACAUCAUCAUCGGAAGUCAGUUUAAUGGCACCAGAAGGAAGCAGUGUGUCCAAUACGUGAAUGCGCUGAGAACACUGCAGUAUGGUGGAUUUAAGACUGUGUACUUUGGGGAAACGGAUAUUUCAGAAAGUCUGGUCACGGGGGAAGAUUUUAGUAAUGGAUAUUUCAUGCAGACUCCAACUUGGUGUGUUGUGCAUGCUGGGGGCAGUCAAGGAUGGGUGCCUUGGAGAUACCGGAUUUUCCUGAGAGAUGACCUCUGUGUCAGGCAGGAAGACAGUCUCUUCUUUGAGUUCUGCAAUGCAAUAAAGAAGGCUUAUGGGAAGUGCGUCAUUGUGGUCAAAGGGAGAAAGCAGGAGAGUGAGAUGCAGCUGAAGGAGGCUGGGGAGACUGAGGCCCAGUCCUAUGUCCCCCGAAAUGUUAAUUUAACAAGCAUCGUGUGUUCCCCAGAAGUGGCCAAGUCCUAUGGUCAUGAACUUCUCUCUCUGCCUCCCCCUUAUAACUACCUGAACCCCUUAGACUCGGCCUGGUCUUCCAUGAAAUGGUUCAUCAUCAACAACAGAAAGGAGUUUUGUUUGCAGUCCAUUGACAGCUUCUAUGCUUAUCAGUGUAUCCUUUUCAGCGACUUAAUCAGCAAAGGGAUUGAGAAGGUCAACCUCAGUAAGUGGAAAACACUAAUGAACAAAGUCCGGAGAUGGGAAAAUUACUAUCUCGGGAAAUUUUCUUAA